UUCAGAAUUGAUACCUGUUGUGCUGCCAUUGUUGUGACGAAUGUAGAUAAAGAGAUCCAAUGUAUCGAGCACAGCUCAAUCUGUAAACAAAUUGUCAGAAAAUGGCGACGAAAUACGCCCGUCCAACACCUAGUUGUUCCGACAGACUGUUCGUAGCUGCCAUUGAUUUUGGUACCACGUAUUCCGGCUAUGCUUUCUCCUUCCGGCAUGACUUCAUAAAAGAUCCGAGCAAGAUCAACUCUAACCAAACGUGGAUUGCGGGACACAAGAAUCUGUUCUCCCUCAAAGCACCGACAUGUGUACUACUGAAGCCCGACCGAACGUUCGACUCAUUCGGUUACGAGGCUGAGGACAAAUAUACAGAACUGUUCCAGGAAGACAGCCAUGAGGACUGGUACUUUUUCAAACGCUUCAAAAUGACGCUACACAACAAUAUGAACCUCCGGCGGGACCAUAUGAUACCAGAUAUCACCAACAAGAAAGAAAUGCCCGCCCGGGACAUAUUCGCCCACGGAAUCAAGUUUCUGAAGGACCACCUGAUGAAGCACCUACACACAAAGGGAAUAUACGAGGCAAUAGAUGACGAGCGCUACAUUCACUGGGUCCUCACUGUCCCCGCAAUCUGGAACGACAGUGCCAAACAAUUCAUGCGGGAGGCUGCACAAAAGGCUGGUAUAAAGGAACACCAGUUGUCUAUCGCCUUAGAACCGGAAGCCGCUGCUCUAUUCUGCAGAAUACUUCCGGUCGAAAAACUAGACACUGGGUCUGGAAAAUGUCUUGGGAUGUUUAGUCCGGGGACUGAAUAUAUGGUUCUGGAUCUCGGAGGUGGUACUGUUGAUGUGACGGUCCAAAGAGUCCUUGAGGAGGGGAACCUAGAGGAGGUAUUCAAGGCAAGCGGGGGUGCCUGGGGCGGGACCAAAGUAGAUGAGUCCUUCCUCCAGCUUCUGGUUGAAGUCGUAGGAACAAAUGUCAUGAAGACGUUUAAGGAAAACUACCCGGGUGACGAACUAGAACUAUUUAGAGAGUUUGAAACGAAAAAGAGGACGAUCACAAACAGUUGUAGCAACCGGGUGACGCUCAGGAUGCCGAUCCAACUAGACGAGGCGUAUGAGGAAGAAUUCGGCACUACACUUAAAGAAACAAUCAAACAGACCAACUUCAAGGGAAAGAUGAACUGGACCGGCGACAAACUAAGAGUUGACCCGGAAAUAAUUAGGAACCUAUUUGCACUGUCAGCUGAUAGCAUUGUACAACAUGUAAGAGACCUGUUGAAGAACGAAGCUUGCAGAAAUGUCAACACUUUGUUGAUGGUUGGCGGCUUCUCGGAGUGUGUCCUCAUACAGGACGCAAUCAAAUCUAACCUCUCAGACAAACGUGUGAUCAUCCCAGAGGAAGCGGGUCUGGCAGUGGUGAAGGGUGCCGUGCUGUUCGGACACAACCCACUCACCAUCAUCUCACGAAAAUCGAAGUAUACCUACGGUAUUUCAAUCACACGCAACUUCAAGUCAGGUGAUCCUGUCGAAAAACGAAUCAACGUCAGAGGGAUCGAUAAAUGCAGUACUGUCUUCUCCAAACACGUGGAGGUAAAUCAAACAGUCUCAGUCGGAGAGGCGCUCGAGACACAGACGUACCGUCCCCUUUACGCAGACUCGACUAGUGUGGUAGUGAAGAUAUUUACCUCCGACGAUGAGAACCCCCGAUACACAACUGACCCGUUGUGUAACUAUCUCGGCAAGAUCGACGUACCGCUGUCCCCGGGAUCGGACGAGAACACCGUGAUUGAGGUCAAAAUGACGUUUGGUGAUACGGAGCUUGCAGUAGAGGCUUGUGAAGAAAAUGGUAGACCUCUUAUGGCAACAUUCGAUUUUCUGGACCAUUGACUUCUGUACAUGUGUGUCAGGGACAGGUUUCCCCUAGACUGGACGAAUGUUUCACACUACCAUCUGAAUUCCUCAACACAACUUAACAUAAAAUGUCCAGUUAUGUUGUGCUGUAGACUGACUUUCAUUAUAUGAUUUUCCCCUGAUUUGAUCUAGUAUUCUUUGUAGUGAUGAACAAUGUUGUGACUUGUAAGCCAUGAACAUACCAUUGUGAUACAUACAUGUAACACACGGUGAUAUGAAGGUAAAUAGGUCGAAACUGUUUUCUGGAUUCGAUUAUUAUUAUGACAAUAACGUCUUAUUCACCUCCACGAUUAAAGGGGGAUUACUCAACAGUUGGUACAUUUCUCCUUUUUAUAUACUUCGUAGAAGAAAAAGCUAUAUUUUUGUUGAUCUGAUCGAUACAAAGUAGGGCGGAUAACAUCCACGUUAACGACCAGGUAUACAUAGGAACAAAUUAACCACUGUAAAAGAUGUACAUGUAUUACAUGCAGGGAUGCAUCAAAAGUAACAAAGAAUACGGCAAUGUCAAACACCUGUUACAACUAGGAACUAAUUACAAAACCGAUAACAACCAGUUGAUAAGGAACAACGUACAUCAUUGUUACUGGCCUGUUACAACUAGGAACAAAGUACAAUACCAAUAACAACCAGUUGAUAAGGAACAAAGUACAACAUUGUUACUAGCCUGUUACAACUAGGAACAAAGUACAAUACCGAUAACAACCAGUUAAUAAGGAACAAAGUACAACAUUGUUACUGGCCUGUUACAACUAGGAA